AUGUUACCUUGCUCUGAUGAUGUCCGUCAUAUGACGGACGAAGGAAUCGAAGGAGAUUGCCUUGGAAACAGCGUCAGCAUGAAUCUUUCAGUAAAGCCAAUCGACAGCUGGUCAAGAGGAAUUCGCCGUCGUCUUCUGGUGGAACCGACCUUCGAAGCCAGUAAAGCCAAUCGACAGCUGGUCAAGAGGAAUUCGCCGUCGUCUUCUGGUGGAACCGACCUUCGAAUCCUCGCGUCAGCAUGA